AUGAUAAAAGAAGUUUUAUUAAUAUUAUACUUGAUCAUUAUGGUAUAUGCAUUUGCAAAUACUAAAUGUGGAGGAAAGAGAUAUAAAUGUGGAGAGGAGAACUAAGAUAAUGUAUGUGUAAAUGUGUCAGAAUAUCGAGGUAAGGUUCACGAAUUAUAAAAAUGUGCUGAUGAUAAGACUUGUUUAUGGGAGGAAGCUUUAUAUUAGAAACCAGUAUAUUGUACAGAUUUACCAGCAAAAGAAAAGAUAUUACCAGGAGAAACUUGUAGUGGAGAUAGUGAUUGUUUAUCAAAUAGUUGUUAAGGUGGAAAAUGUUUGGGAUUGAAAUUAAAUUAAUAAUGUGGAGGACAUUAAUAUUGUGAUGUCGGUUAUUAUUGUGAUACAUAUUGCAAAGAGUAAGUAUAAUUUGAAUAACCAUGUACAAAUGAUUAUUAAUGUACUAAUAAUUGUGUAUGUAAUUUGGGUAGAUGUGCAUAUUAUUAUUCUCUUGAAAAUAAUAUUUUAGCUGAUAAUCCAAGAGCAUGUUAUUUUGGUUAUAUAAACCCUAAUAAUGGAACUUGUUAAAACGGUCCUCAUAGUCUAACUAAAAGUAAACCAUGUGAAAUUGAUAAUGAUUGCAUUUUAUUAGACAGUGAUAAUAAACUAUUUGGAUAUUCAGAAUGUCAAUGUGGAUUUAAUGCUGGUGGAUUUUCAUAUUGUAGUUUGGCUGAAGGAGAUCCAGAGUAUCUAAAAAUUCUAGAAUUGUUUUAAUGGUUAUUGUAAGUCAAUUAAUAUUGCCAUACUAUUUUAAGAUAUGGUCCUUGUAUUUCUCUAUAUUAGGAUGAAUAUAUUAACUAUUAGAAAGCUGUGAAGUUCUAUCAUAUGUAAUCAUAGAUCAUGUUUAAUGAUGAAUGCAUUCAAAAGAUUUAUACAGCACAAUAUUGGGGCAUCUAUUCUCAUAGAUUAUAUAUACUCUUUAUUAUUUUAUUAUUAUUAUAAUGA